UAGAGGAUCCCUGAAUGGUGUGGCUAUGGGUGUGUGUGUAUUGGAGGAGGGGUGUCUGAUGAGGGCGUCCUUCUCCUCAUACCUACCCCGGAGGAACACGCGUACAGCACAAGAGGAGUGCGGAUCCCUAGGAUGUCUCCCGGGUUUGGGGCGCGCCCCGAGACACAGACCCUCUUUGGCGACUCCACACAAUGUGCAGCCUGCCUGCAAGCAGCCGCUGCAGCCUAGGGGCGCGCCUGGCUGAUGUGUGGUUGAAUGCAGAGCGGCCCAACCCUCCUCCUUCCUCCUCUUCUCCCCGCCCUGACACCCGGGCUUCAAACUUCAACCAAAGCCCGUGCCCUUUUCAAUUAACCCCCCUCGAUCAAAAUGAGCCAUUCUUUUCUCUCCUCCGCGGCGGCCCAUUGUCUGGCGUGAUAGGUUUGCUGAUUUGACAGCUGGGCGCACACAUAUUUGAUUCAAACUCGGUCUCCCCGAGAGAUGAACUUGGACAUCAGCAAAGAUCCCGAGCACUGCGGGCUGGCUCCUAGACCAGUCUCCGGACCCAGUGUAGACUUCGGGCAAAUAAAGUGAGCCCGGAAAGGGAAGGAGGGGGCGGGGACACCAUUCCCCCCGAAAGAAUAAAUAAGUAAAUAAACUGGCUCCUCGCCGCAGCUGGACGCGGUCGAUUGAGUCCAGGUUGGGUCGGACCUGAACCCCUAAAAGCGGAACCGCCUCCCGCCCUCGCCAGCCCGGAGCUGAGUCGCCAGCGGCGGUGGCGGCUGCCAGACCCGGAGUUUCCUCUUUCACUGGAUGGAGCUGAACUUUGGGCGGCCAGAGCAGCACAGCUGUCCGGGGAUCGCUGCAUGCUGAGCUCCCUCGGCAAGACCCAGCGGCGGCUCAGGAUUUUUUUGGGGGGGCGGGGACCAGCCCCGCGCCGGCACCAUGUUCCUGGCGACCCUGUACUUCGCGCUGCCACUCUUGGACUUGCUCCUGUCGGCCAAAGUGAGCGGCGGAGACCGCCUGGACUGCGUGAAAGCCAGUGAUCAGUGCCUGAAGGAGCAGAGCUGCAGCACCAAGUACCGCACGCUGAGGCAGUGUGUGGCGGGCAAGGAGACCAACUUCAGCCUGGCAUCCGGCCUUGAGGCCAAGGAUGAGUGCCGCAGCGCCAUGGAGGCCCUGAAGCAGAAGUCGCUCUACAACUGCCGCUGCAAGCGGGGUAUGAAGAAGGAGAAAAACUGUCUGCGCAUUUACUGGAGCAUGUACCAGAGCCUGCAGGGAAAUGAUCUGCUGGAGGAUUCCCCAUAUGAACCAGUUAACAGCAGAUUGUCAGAUAUAUUCCGGGUGGUCCCAUUCAUAUCAGAUGUUUUUCAGCAAGUGGAGCACAUUCCCAAAGGGAACAACUGCCUGGAUGCAGCCAAGGCCUGCAACCUCGACGACACUUGCAAGAAGUACAGAUCAGCGUACAUCACCCCGUGCACCACCAGCGUGUCCAACGAUGUCUGCAACCGCCGCAAGUGCCACAAGGCCCUCCGGCAGUUCUUUGACAAGGUCCCGGCCAAGCACAGCUAUGGAAUGCUCUUCUGCUCCUGCCGGGACAUCGCCUGCACAGAGCGGAGGCGACAGACCAUCGUGCCUGUGUGCUCCUAUGAAGAGAGGGAGAAGCCCAACUGUUUGAAUUUACAGGACUCCUGCAAGACGAAUUACAUCUGCAGAUCUCGCCUUGCGGAUUUUUUUACCAACUGCCAGCCAGAGUCAAGGUCUGUCAGCAGCUGUCUAAAGGAAAACUACGCUGACUGCCUCCUCGCCUACUCCGGGCUUAUUGGCACAGUCAUGACCCCUAACUACAUAGACUCCAGUAGCCUCAGUGUGGCCCCAUGGUGUGACUGCAGCAACAGUGGGAACGACCUAGAAGAGUGCAUGAAAUUUUUGAAUUUCUUCAAGGACAAUACAUGUCUUAAAAAUGCAAUUCAAGCCUUUGGCAAUGGCUCCGAUGUGACUGUGUGGCAGCCAGCCCUCCCAGUACAGACCACCACUGCCACUACCACCACUGCCUUCCGGAUCAAGAACAAGCCCCUGGGGCCAGCAGGGUCUGAGAAUGAAAUUCCCACUCACGUUUUGCCACCGUGUGCAAAUUUACAGGCACAGAAGCUAAAAUCCAAUGUGUCGGGCAAUACACACCUCUGUAUUUCCAAUGGUAAUUAUGAAAAAGAAGGUCUCGGUGCUUCCAGCCACAUAACCACAAAAUCAAUGGCUGCUCCUUCAAGCUGCGGUCUGAGCCCACUGCUGGUUCUGGUGGUAACCGCUCUGUCCACCCUAUUAUCUUUAUCUUUAGCAGAAACAUCGUAGCUGCAUUUAAAAAAAUACAAUAUGGACAUGUAAAAAGACAAAAACCAAGUUAUCUGUUUCCUGUUCUCUUGUAUAGCUGAAAUUCCAGUUUUAGGAGCUCAGUUAAGAAACAGUUCCAUCCAACUGGAACAUUUUUGUUUUUUCUUUCAAGAAAGCUUCUUGUGAUCCUUCGGGGCUUCUGUGAAAAACCUGACGCAGUGCUCCAUUCCAAACUCAGAAGGCUUUGGGAUAUGCUGUAUUUUAAAGGGACAGUUUGUCAAUUGGGCUGUAAAGCAAACUGGGGCUGUGUUUUUGAUGAUGAUGAUGAUUUUAACAGUUUUACUUCUGGCCUUUCCUAGCUAGAGAAGGAGUUAAUAUUUCUAAGGUAACUCCCAUAUCUCAUCUAAUGACAUUGAUUUCUAAUGAUACAAAUUUCAACCUGACAUUGAUGCCAAGCUUUUUUUUGCCACAAAGAAGAUUCUUAUCAAGAGUGGGCUUUGUGGAAACAGCUGGUACUGAUGUUCACCUUUCUAUAUGUACUAGCAUUUUCCAUGCUGAUGUUUAUGUACUGUAAACAGUUCUGCACUCUUGUACAAAAGAAAAAACACCUGUCACAUCUAAAUAUAGUAUCUGUCUUUUAGUCAAAAUAGAGAGUGGGGAAUGAGUGUGCCGAGUCAGUACCUCAAUCCCUGAACAGCACUCUUCUAAUCCUAAGCCUUACCUGAGUGAGAAGCCCUUUACCUAACAAGAGUCCAAUAUAGCUGAAACGUCGCUCUAAUACUCUUUACACUUAUGAGGUUAUAUGUAGAAAAAAUUUUACUACUAAAUGAUUUCAACUAUUGGCUUUCUAUAUUUUGAAAGUAAUGAUAUUGUCUCAUUUUUUUACUGGUUUAAUACAAAAUACACAGAGCUUGUUUCCCCUCAUAAGUAGUGUUCGCUCCAAUAUGAACUUCACAAAUACAGCUCUUCAAAAGCAGACUCUGAGAAGCCUCGUGCUGUAGCAGAAAGUUCUGCAUCACAUGACCGUGGACAGGCAGGAGGAAACAGAGCAGACAAGCAUUGUCUUUUAUUGUGUCUUGAAGUGCAAGCAUGCAUACCUGUGGAGGGAACUGGUGGCUGCUUGUAAAUGUUCUGCAGCAUCUCAUGGCAGCCUUGUCAUGAUGCAAUCCGGCACCUUGGUUUUCAGGUUAUCUGACAAAGGCAGCUUUGAUUGGGACACAUGGGCAUGGGCAGGUUGUCCUUUCUUUGGAAGCACAUCCAUGCUGGGAUGCCCAGUUCUUUUCCGAAGGAUUGUCCUUACUCCUGACUGCAAUGUCUUGGCCACUGUUUGGAGCACUUUGGUCUGAAGGUCAUUAAGGAUCUGCUUGCAUCUUGUUUUAUGUCCUCCGUGACAUACUGCAGACCAUGUUAGAAAAGAAGGAAGGUUUGUGGAUCAAGAGGGUUGACAUUAGGUCUGGCGAGAUGAGUUGGUUGGCACAGAUCAGCAGGACAGGACCCUGGUGAUAAGGCAUCUGGCUUUGCUAACCACAUAUCAUCUUCCAUUAUUCUCUUUCUUGACUAAGUAGACCCGAAAGUGCACUGUCGAAGUCUGGUUUAGAUGGCGAGAUUCUGAAUCUACAGUGAUCAAGUACUGGUGGCCACUUUUCUCCAACAUUAAGUAAAGAAGCAGAGAUCCCACCUUGAUAAAUUGCUGGGGAGCACUGACUUUUCCCACCUUGGCAGAGAGAUGGAGGAGGAAACCAGGGUGCACAUUUCUACAGAUCCCCUUUGCCUGCUGGUGUUUGCCUUCUCAGAUUAGUCAAAUCGCUAGGGGGAAGGGGAAAUCUAUGAAAUCCAAGAUAAAGGCAUAGUCUUUUAGCUCUAUUGGUGUUCAAAGUGCAUUUGUGUCCAAAUGUUAAUCAACACAAAUGUACAGUACUCGGUACUGACUUUUUUCAGUUCAAAAUGUUUUCAAGGGAAAUUCAGCAGACACUCAACUGUAUUUAAUUAGUGAAAAGUUCUAUAAAGACUCUUACUUUGAAUAAACACAUUAAAUGUGUCAAAA